GUGACUUCUUCCUUCUUCAUGCGCGUGUUGGUGUGGACGAACGACAACAACGAGCAGCUCUCUGUGGAUGAGGACGCCGUGAAGGAGUUCAGCUUGCUGGAAUCGUCGACGAAACUCCGUGUGGUGGGCGUUCUCAACGGGGACGCAGCUGCCGAUGCUACCUUCGAGUCUACCAGAGACCAUCAAGCCAUGUUGCAUACCAUGUCGGCAGCAUUGCCAACACACCCGACGCCAGUCCCUGAUGGGUCUGGAAAGCGACCACUGCUUUGGUUGCAUUUGGAACCCUCGUCGAACGUGGUGAUAUUGCAUAGCAACAACGAACACGCUGGACGGUUGCUCCUCGUCCUGUUGUCGUCGGUCCUGUUGUACAGCCAGGACAGCGAGCUCAACUUCGAGAAGCUUCAAUGGAUCUCGUCGCUUCCUUCCCAAGUCAAGAUUCGUGGGAACCAAGACGAAGCGGGCGUCGCGAAGGAUCUGGGAAGUCACUUGCCGCGCUUCGUGUGGAUUUCGCGCAACUCGAAGGUCAAGUGGCUCAAGGAUGCCGCGACCGGCGCAAGCCUCUCACCCAACGAAUACUUCAAUAACCUCCUUGCGCUCGAUGCUGGCUUCUCCGAGGCUUCCAUGCAGGCAAAUGCGUUCAAGACGUACUUCUGCUCAUUUUUCCCCCACCGUGACGUCGUCAUGCUGUCCCGGGCGCUGGAUCUCAACGCCGGCAUCGAUCUCACAUGGGACACACCCGUGGACGUCCUUCGUCCAGCAUAUGUGUCGGCGGUGGAGAAGCUGCAUGGUCGGUUCCUUGCUAUGAAUGCCGGUCAAGACUCGCUGCCAGUCAAGCAAGUGAAUGGGUCGGCACUGCCAGCGUCGCAAUUCCCCAUCCUCCUCGGCACAUACGUGGACUCGCUUAAUUCUCACCAAGUGCCUGUCAUUGCCAACGCCGCCACGAAGCUCAUUGAAUUCGCAAUUCAGCAAGGGGUGGCGACAGCAUCUGCGGCGUACUUAUCGGCGUUUGAAGCCUUAACAUCUGCGUCGUCUGAGCCUUUGUCGUCUCGAGCACUACUGCUGGCGCAUCUCAAAGGUUUGUCAGCCGCCUCACUCGAGGUGUUUGCAGUAACGCAGCAAGUUCCAUCCAACAAUGCCGUUCUCCUCGCGGACAAGGUUGCUGCCAUGCACCAACAGAUUGAAGCCACGUAUGUCGCGCAAGUGUCGUCAAUGGAAGCACUGUCGAAAGAUACGUGCGAUGCCAUUUUGCAAUCGCUGCAACCAGUCGCGUUCUCCGAUGCGACAGCGGAGCUCCAGCACCGGUCCCGCGAAGAGUUCUCCGACGGGCUACACUCGAUUCUCCUCGGCAUCAAGAAUAGUCUCCAAAGCUCGCUCGGCGAGUACAAAGGCCACGCCAAGCCGUCUGCAGUAGACAACGACGCCGGCCUUGGCCCUGCGAUGUACCCCUCGCUAGUCGAGUACCUUCGCGACGAAAUCCUGCAGUCUGUCCUCGACUGGGGCAAGCAAGUUCUCAAGCUGUUUGAAAAGCACCUGCGUGCUGCUGAGGCAGAGAAAGAUGAGCUGGAAAAUGCGUACGAAAUCGCAGUUGCUAGCGACGUGUCGGCGACUGGCCUGGACGCGGGGGACCAUCGCAAGUUGUACGAGGCGGAGCUAGCCGCGCGCACGGACCAGCUGGCCAUGAUGAAGUCGACGUUGUCCGCUGAAUUGGACGACAAGAGAACCGAGCUGGAGCGGCUGCUGUUGGAUCUACGCAGCAUGCAAAGUAAGCAGGAUGCGCGGGUGGCAUCGGUGGAGACUGAGAUUGCGCGGAUCAAGGCGAAGGCGAGCGAGGUGGAGGCCCUGGCGCAAACCGAGCGGCUGCGACGGGAGCAGCUAGUGCAAGGCGCAGCGUCUGAGAUUCUCAAUCUGGAAUCGAACUUCCACGCCGAGCAAAAGAACUUGUACAACGAACAGCGCGACCUCAUGAGCAAAGUGGUCGAGUUGGAACGCGCCCUCAUGGGGAAGAAGACGGCGCAUCUCCAGACGCUGUUUGAAAUGGAAACCAACUGCACCAAGGCCGUCGAAGACGUCCGAUCGAAACACAAAAAAGAGAUGGCCGAGCUCAAAACCCAGGCGAAGCAAGACAUUUCGAUGCUCAAGCGAGCGUACGAUAGCAAAAAGGGUGUUGUCCAGCGAGAGCUCGACAACGUGAACACGCUCAUCAAGCAGUGCGAGGACCAGCUGCGUUCGCUCGAACCCAAGAUGAAUUUGGCUGAACAGCCGCCUCGAGGAAGCACGUCGGCCACAUCCGCCCCUGGAGCUCCUUCGGCGCCGUCCCCAAGUCGUGCAAAGCCUGACGAGAUGUGCAAACAGUCAUAGAUGCUACGAGCUGAUCAAAUCCAGAACAACGUUACCAGUGCUUGUUAUGACUGCACAAGUUGCAAGUGUUCGAGGAGGCCAAGAUAAGCAGCUCCAAACACCGCAACCUACCUUGG